AUGAAGGUAUUUGUAUGCUUGUUGGCCCUUGCGGUGGUCGCUAAAGCCGGCUAUAUCGGCGGUGGCAGUAGUGGUUGGUCCAGCGGCGGCGGCGGCGGCGGCUGGUCCGGAGGCGGUGGUGGCGGCGGCUGGUCCGGAGGCGGUGGUGGCUACGGCGGUGGUGGCUUCGGCGGCGGCGGCCAUAGCGGCGGUGGACAAGUCAAGAUCAUCAAAAUAAUUACGACCGGCGGAGGCGGUGGCGGUUAUGGCGGAGGCGGCUUUGGCGGAGGCGGCUUUGGCGGCGGCGGCUAUAGCGGAGGCGGUGGUGGUUGGAAACUUGGAGGAGGAAGUAGCGGAUGGUCAAGCGGCGGAGGCGGGGGUGGCUGGAAGCUCGGCGGAGGAGGUGGCGGCGGCGGUUGGAGGCUCGGUGGGGGAAGCAGUGGCUGGUCCAGCGGUGGCGGUGGAGGUGGCUGGAAAAGCGGUGGUGGAGGUGGCUCCUCGGGCUGGUGGUGA